CUGGUCUGCUUAGUCGUGUUAAUUUGCGUGCGGAGAGAGAGAGGGAACGUGAAAGACUACCUAUCGCUCCUUUGCAUGUCAUGAGCCACACUGUCUUUGUCCGGUCGUCUGCCUGCCAUCACGACGGUAUUUACCUCUGAUAACUUUCAAGCUUGCUAUCAUGUUGUCAAUCGACAUUGAACAGACCUUCCAGGCGUCAAGAGGGAUAGACGAGAAAGGCUUGCAGCGCGUACGCGCGGAGGUCCUCGCUACCGACUCGGUCUCGCUUCCAGACCUCAUCUCCGAGUCAUGGAAGGAGCUUGCGAAUCUGCAGACGCGGCUUAUCAAUGCUUCACGCAAGGUCUAUCUCGCCAAAGCCGCCCUCGAACCAGUGCACUCGUUACCUGACGACUUGCUGGUGUACAUCUUCGAGUUGGUCUGCCAGGAUGCUGCACGUUACGACUAUAAAUAUGACACGCUGCUGAGCUGGCAGCGGUUCCAGGAGCGCCCGUCGCCCGUCGUCGACCUCUCGCACGUGUGCUGUCGGUGGCGCCGAGCAGCGCUUCAGGCGCGGACAUUGUGGUCUAACAUCCUCCUCGACCACACCGAACCGCUCCCCUGCGAGCGCCUCGCCACCUACCUCGCCCGCUCUGGAUCAGCACCCCUCCGCCUCACGGCCACCAUCGCCGACUCCCACUACGACGACCCGCGCGACCCGCCGUACGCCGCGUCCUUCGCGCAGUAUCUCGAGGCCGCAACCUCUGGGCACGCCGAGCGCGUCGAGGAGCUGCACAUCCGCGUCUUCGACCGCCUGCGGCCCGUGUUCCCGCGUGUGCGCACGCCCGCGUUGCGCUACCUGCGCCUCGCCGUCGAGCAGAACAAGCACGUGCUCGGGUACCAGAUCGAGGAGUACUGGCGUGGGCGCGGGGCGGAGCAGGGCCCGCUGCUGCUGGAUGCGCCGCAGCUCGAGACGCUCGUGCUGCAGGGAACGGGCCCGGGCUCGUUCUUCCCUUAUGUGGAGAACAUGGGCGGUGUGGGCGUGCCGUGGGCGACGCUCACGAGCUUGCGAAUGUAUGGGGUGUUCUGCACGACGAGGAGCGCUGUCAAGGCGCUUCGGGCGUGUGGGGCGCUGCGCGAGUGCGUCCUUGCGAUAGACGACACAGUCGACGCUGUGCAUGGCGGAUUCCCGACUGCACCAGAAUGGAGCAGCUCGACGGAGGUGAUUGUGCUCUCCGAGAUGCGCACACUGUCUAUAUUGUGGCAGGCGACUCUUUUGGAGGACCUGCUGGGGCGUCUGCGCUGCUUGCACCUCGAGGAACUCACGCUCAAGAUUGAUGUUCACGAGCUGCAGCAAAACAACGACUCGUACUUGCCAAAGUUCGACAAGUCAUUGCUGCAGUUCGUCCACAGCUCGGACUUGCGCCGCUUGCGGAUGCUUCGCUUAGAAGGCUUCGGAUUUCCUGGCGACAAGGAGCAUCCAGUAGUCGCAGGCUCAGAUCGUACCAUGCUGUCCUGCAGCGUAGUUCUGCGCAGCUUGUCCGGUUUGGAGAAGCUCUAUCUGUCAUGCAGGUACGACGACGGCCUCCUCGAUGCCCUCGCCGAGACGACGAACGACGGCCAGCCUUUACUCUGCCCCAAUCUCCAUCGACUCGAACUCGAGUUCCCCUACCAACCAGCAUCAGAGGACCUGUACGCGAGGCAUCUGUCUAUGGCGUCGAGACGCUGGGCAACACCGCCGAAGCGUAAAAUAGACCUCUGCAUUAUGGUCCGCGACGUUGGAGAGGGGCAACCGAGCUGGAGGGAGAUCGUCAUGCGGAAGAACGUAUCUAUCUUGUUGGCCAGUUUGAAGACGAUACCCAACCUUGACUUGUUUGUACCCGAGGAUGAAGUUAGUACAAGGGGUGGUUUCUUAUCCUACACACUCAGUAAUAUCUUGUUCAUGUCGUAAAGUAUACCCAUGGAUCCACUCCGUAUUUGGUCCUUUCACAACGGAGUUCUAGAAAUGCACAUCGUCAGAAGCGGGUGACUCAUCUUUCCGUUUUCGGUAGUCCUUGUUCGCACGCACCUCUUCCUCCUCCCACGUACCAAUUUGUAC